GAUUCAAUUAUAAUGAAAAAAGAUAAAAAAUCAAUCGAAAGUAUCGUAGAUGAUGAAAAUUAUGACAUUAUUGAGGAUAUUUUGUUAAAUAUUGAGGAGAUAGUUUUUUUGAAACGUAAAAAUGUUUUCGCAAAAGUGACUCUAAUGUCUUACAAUACUUUAAUACCAACAGGUGAUAAAAAUAAAUACUGCGUCUUGUGUUCAAUGUAUCUACAUUUUGAUAUAUUAAAAAAACAUACAGAAAGCCGUCAACAUAUUGAUAAUAUGAGGAAAUAUAAAUAUCUGGAGAAAUAUGACAAACAUUUGCUUAGACAGAUCCUCCAUACAUACCAUUGUUCAAUUUGUAACGUCAUGUUCACAUAUAGAGAACUAAAUCUUCACAUAACUUGGCCUAUUCAUAAACAAGAAUUAGAUAAAUGUUACAAAAUCGUCAAAAAUAACAGAAAGAAAGAUAUAAAAAAUGGUACAAAACAAAUCACAAUUGAUUUGCAAAAAGAAACCUUAUAUACAACUUAUAUAGAGCCUAAAAUUAAAAUAGGUGUUUACUAUGAAUUCUCGAAGAAUAACCAAGAGAUCUCGAAGAAAAGUAAAAUUGUGGUAAACAAUGGUAGAGUUUUGAAAAUCUGUUGGGAUUCUUGGAAUGGUUUUUGCAAAACGAAAUCCGGAUUGAAAUGUUGUUUAUGUCAAAAGGAAUUAAAAUCUUACGAACAAACAAAUCAUUCGAAAAAUGGUUACCAUUUACAAAAAUUGGAAGAAGAUUUCUUGAAUGAAUUCAAUCCAGCAUUGAUAAGAAAGAUAAACGAAAAUAUACUAAAUUGUGUAACUUGUAACGCAGAGAUACCAAAUAAAACCCAUAUUAUUAUAGACCAUAUGAAAGGAAAGAAACACGAAGCGAUUUACGAAUUACUUGUGAAAGAUAGUUCUGAAUGCAACAAUUACUCUGACUGUACCGGAGAUAUAUUUACGUUACAAUAAAAAAAGGUA